AUGUACGACGUCGUCGAACACAAGCACCAGCUCGACGGCGUCGACACGCGCAACCCGUCGACAUGGCUCGGCCUCCACCCUGAGGGAGGUGGUCGCUCGAAGGUGCCCCGCAUCGCCGUUUGUUUGGUGGGCUUUGUCCGGACGCUCUCCGAGCCGCGGGUCUACAACGCGAUAGAGCGGGCGCUCCGGCCGCCGGACGCCUCGGUGGACUUUUUCGGGGCCGUGUCGCUGGGCGCCAACGAGAGUGACACCGCCAAGGGCCAGUGGGGCACCGUGCGCCACUCGGACCUGAAAGCGGCGUUGGCCGUGCUGCGCCCGAGGGCGUGA